AUGUCUGCCCAAUCCAAAAUACCACAACCGCCGACCCUACCUUUUAUUGGCAAUGUCGCACAUCUUGACAGAGAGUUGCCUAUCCAAGGCUUCACCCUUUUAGCUCAACAAUAUGGAGAAAUAUAUCUCAUUGACAUUCUUGGCCGCAAGCUCAUAUUCUUGAACACGCAAGAACUUGCGAAUGAAGUUUCUAACGACGCUGCGUUUCGGAAAGGCGUGGUAGGGUCGCUGAAUGAAGUACGGUAUCUUUCAGGUGAUGGUCUAUUCACUGCCUAUGAAGAUGAACCUAACUGGGCGAUAGCACAUCGACUUUUGUUGCCUGCAUUCAAUACCAUGGCCAUUCGAGAUAUGAUGGAAGACAUGCGCGAUAUCUGUAGUCAACUUCUUCUCAAAUGGGAACGCUUCGGACCCGACCAUGUUAUUGACCCAUCAGACGAUCUUACUAGAGUGGCUCUCGAUACUAUCGCUCUAUGCUCUAUGUCAUAUCGAUUGAAUUCCUUUUACACUGAGAAUCAGCCCGCCUUCGCCGCAGCUAUGACUGAUUUCUUGAAAGAAUGUUAUAUUCGCUCUACCCGUCCAAGUUUUAUGCAAGCCUUGAUGUCGGGUACCACAGCGAAGUGGGAAAGCGACGCAAAAUUUAUGACGGAUGUUGCGACUCGUAUUCUUAACGAUCGAAGAGAAAAUCCUAUCGAGAAGAAAGACUUGCUUGACACUAUGCUUUAUUCAAAAGAUCCCAAAACGGGGCAGGGCUUGAGCGAUGAUGCGAUAGUGAAGAAUCUCCUCACUUUUUUGAUAGCAGGUCAUGAAACCUCUUCAGGCCUUAUGAGUUUCAUGACUUACUACCUCAUCAAAAAUCCCGAAACAAUGCGCAAAUUGCAAGCGGAGGUCGACGAAGUCCUUGGUGGACAGCCUGUUCAAUACCAGGACUUGAGCAAGAUGCCUUAUCUCACCGCGGUAAUCCGAGAAACGCUUCGUCUCGCUCCUACCGCUCCUAUGCGGAUGGUAAAGUCAUUAGAAGACACUUAUCUUGCCAAGGGGAAAUAUUUUGUCAAGGCGGGUUCGUCUUUGAUAGUCAACACGUGGGUGUAUCAGAAGGAUCCCAAGGUUUGGGGAGAAGAUGCUCAAGAGUUUCGCCCUGAAAGAAUGUUAGACGGGAAAUUCGAAGCACUUCCGCCCCAGUCCUGGCAACCAUUUGGAUUCGGAAUGAGAGGAUGCAUAGGUCGGCCUUUUGCAUGGCAGGAAGUCAGCCUUGUAAUGGCUUCAAUUCUGCAAAAAUUCGAUCUGUCUUUUGUGGACCCAACUUAUAAUCUAGAAUUGAAGCAAGCGCUUACUGUCAAACCAAAAGAUCUAUUUAUACGUGCCAAGCUCCGUCAUCAAGCUCCCCAUUUCUACCCAACUGCAUCUAUUCUCAAACAAGUUUCGCAGAAUAGUACCGCUCUUUCUGUUGCUGCUGUAUUCAAAACCGAAGCGAGACGUCCUAUGUAUAUUUUCUAUGGGUCAAAUACUGGAACCUCGGAAGCUUUCUCACAAAGAAUCGCGAAUGAUGCUCCGAGUUAUGGGUUUGCACCCAGACUUGGUAGCCUUGAUUCGGCAACUGGCCACCUCCUUACCGAUGGCCCAACAAUCAUUUGUACUGCUUCAUAUGAAGGUCAACCUGCGGAUAAUGCUGCCCGUUUUGUUGACUGGAUAUCGACUCUCCAAGGUAGCGAGCUUCGAGGCGUCCGUUAUGCAGUUUUCGGUUGCGGAAAUAGCGAUUGGACCCAGACAUACCAGCGAGUACCUACGCUGAUCGACGAAAAGCUACAACAAAGUGGUGGAGAAUGUCUCCUUCCUCGAGGCGCAGGAGACAGCAGUAAAGGAGAUUUCUUCGAUAUAUUCGACCAGUUCACAAGGAACCUGUGGGCGACCUUAACGAAGGUCUACUCGACUGUACACUCUGAGUCUAUGGAUUCCGGGUUCAAAGUUGACAUCGACUCUGGUGCUAACAGACCGGCUGCUUUGCGUCAGUCUGAUGCGGCCCUGGGUUGCGUUAUCGAAAAUCGCGUUCUGACAGCCCCUGGUCAUCCCGUUAAGAGGCAUAUCGAAUUCAAGUUGCCUGAAGGUUCAACAUAUCGAGCGGGUGACUAUCUCGCAAUUUUGCCUCAGAAUCCUCCUCGAAACGUUCGCAGAGUUCUUGCGCAUUUCGGCCUUUCCAAUGAACAAAGUGUUACGAUUUCUUCCAUCUCUCCAACGUUCCUUCCAGUGGACAAACCUGUCUCACUGACCGAAGUUUUGAGUGGCUACGUCGAGCUUUCACAGCCAGCUACCGCUCAAGAUCUGCGCACUUUGAUCGAUGCGACAACCGACGACGCCGUCCGGGCGCAAUUAGUCGAGCUUCAAGAGUCCUAUCAAAAGACUGUUCUCUCUCGCAGAAUCUGUGUCUUGGACCUUUUAGAAAAACACCCCAACGGAAUCAGUCUCGAUCUUGCCACCUACCUCCGUAUGCUUCCACCCAUGCGAAUAAGACAAUACUCAAUCUCCUCUUCUCCGUUAUGGAAUGCUGAGCAUGUCACGCUUACUGUGAGCGUGCUUGAAGCUGAAUCGUUGUCCGGAGAAGGAAAGACGUUCCUUGGUGUUGCGUCUAAUUAUUUGUCAGAGCUCGUUCCGGGAGAUCGGGUGCAGAUGUCUGUGCGUGCUUCUGCCGCUGCUUUCAGACUACCAGAGGAUCUCGAGAUACCGCUCCUCGCGUAUUGCGCGGGCUCAGGGCUGGCUCCACUGAGAGGGUUCAUACAGGAGCGAGCCUUGCAAAAAAUAUCUGGUCGAAAAGUUGGGAAGAUAUUGCUUUUCUUUGGCUGCCGUGAUCCCGAGGGAGACUAUCUUUAUUCAACGGACGACCUUGCGGAAUGGUCAAAGCUCGGCGUGGUUGAUAUUCGUCCUGCGUUUUCGAGGGUUCCAGAACGUUCGAAGGGAUGCAAGUAUAUUCAAGAGUACGGCAUUAACAUUUCUUUCUUAAAACUGUUAGCCAACUCAAACGCUUUCAGUCGAUUAUGGGCUGACAAAGAGGACGUUGUGGCCGCCUUCAAUGAUAAAGCUCAUUCUUUUAUUUGUGGUUCGAACCAGAUAGCGAAAGCAGUCAGAAAGCAAUCGGUAGAGAUUUUACGAUCCCUGCGACCCGAUUUGGACCAAUCCCAAGCCGUGAAAAAAUUAGAAUCGGUGCUGAAAGGACGUUUUGCCACGGAUGUGUUCGAUUAG